AUGAGUUUUAGAAUAUUGAUGACAAGUGAGAUGUCUUGUACAGUUGUGGAAUAUACUAAAAUUAUAUUUGUGUUCAGUGAUGACAACAUCAAAAAAUUUGCCAUCUCCAGAGCAUAUCGUUUGAGUUUCUCGAAGGAUGGUGAGACAAAUUUCAAUGGCACUACCGAGUGGGUCACCUUUAGCCUCAAGAGUACCAGAAAGUUGAGAUAUCCACCAAAGAUGAAGAUUGGAUAUGAAGCACCAUCGAUUCACAACAACUUUACUCCAAUCCCAAAUGGUUCAAACAAAGAAGUUGCCAGAUGCCCAGCCUUCAUCAGCAAACUUAUAAAGAAAGGAUUGGAAUACACCACUCUAAGAGGAUCUCAAUCAGCCAACGAUACCGCUCGUGUUGCUUCCACCACUCGUGCUACUGCCACCACUCGUAUUGCUGCUAACACCCGUGUUGCUGCUGACUCCCAGUGCGAUGAGGAUCAUGAUGGUGGAAUGGACAUCGAACAAGAUGAGCCAAUUGUCAACGAUCCUGUUGAUGCACUCUCUGCUAUCCAAGGUAAGCAAUUUUUGAUUCAAUCCUGUUCUAACGUCGAUGGUUUGAAUGAUAUUCUUGUUUAUUUCCAUACUUCUAGAUUCAUCGCUGCUGUUGCCUUGUACACCGACGAACAAGACACCUCCGCAUUUGUUGUUCGUAAUGAGGGAUCUGACGGUCUGUCAGUCUUCCACCUAGACCCAAGUGGUGUACACUCUGCGGUCAGACCAUUGGAAACACUUAACGGUCUCGGUGUGGUGCUUUCAAGAUCUGAAUCACGUACAGGUGUAGGUAGACCCGUGUUCCUUUCGAUCCUGAAAGGUGCUGCCUGUUUCCUUGCCAGUAACAAACGUGUUGCCAGAAAGGCAUUCCCAGCUGCCAUGAAUAGGAUUGUCGGAGAGCUCCUGUCUUCGACCGUAUCUGCAAACCGGAUAGACGCCCUGCCAGCUUUUUUUUUUAAAAUUGGAUCAUUUGUUCAAUCAUCUUCACAACUCUCUCAGCAAACAACAGGAUCACCUAUUAAGAUUUUCCAACAAAAAAUAUUAAUAACUAAGUCUUUGCAAUAA